UGUGUUUAGGUUUGUUUCCCCUCCCCCGUCUUUAAACGCGCCAUGGUUUCACACUACUUGUCAGAUACAACACAACGCUGAGCGAGACGCUUCAACCCUAAGGAUAACUUCUAACACUGACUUCUGGACCACGGGGAUGCGAGGAAACGACAUGAAACUGUGUGUCACAGUUGUGUUGCAGGUUUUGUUGGUGGGACACGUCGAGAGUUGGAAUGACGGCGGUGUACUGUUGCAGGACAUCCAGGCGUUAACACUGUAUAGGAAUCGCUACACCACAGCGAGGCGCUCCAGCCCAGUUCCUCAGCUGAAGUGUGUUGGAGGAACAGCGGGCUGCCAGGCCUUUGUCCCAGAGGUGGUCCAGUGUCUGAACAGAGGCUGGGAUGGGAUUGAUAUACAGUGGGAGUGCAAGACCGAUAUGGACAACAAGUACCGAUUUGGUCGCAUUGAGGUGAGCUGCGAGGGCUACACCCACCCUGAUGAUUCCCACGUACUGAAGGGCUCCUGUGGACUGGAAUACACACUGGAUCUGACUGAAGAGGGCCAGAGGAGGGGCCAAGGCAGCUGGGGCUCUCAAAGUGGAGGAUUUGGAGGUUUUGGGAAAUUUGCCUCCAGUGUCUUCGGGAGUUUCUCUGGAAGUGGGCAACAGAGUCAUCGCCAGAGCUCGUACCCCUCAAGCACCGAUGACUCAGGAAGCCUGCUAAUUGUUGGUUUACUUCUAGUCGUAGCCUAUGUUAUUUACAAGAUGUUCCUCAGUGGGAACACAUUCCAGACGGCGCAAGAUGGUGGAGCAGCUGGGAAUCCCUAUUCAGAACCACCACCUCCAGGAUUCAAGCCUGACUACACAGGUUACCCUGGAACCAACCAAGACUAUGGUUUCCACAGUGACUAUACCCACAGACAGCGUCACCCUGGAGGCUGGACCGCUCCCAACACCGGUGGCACAGGUGGCGGCUUCUGGACCGGCAUGGGAACAGGAGGGGUGCUGGGGUAUCUUUUUGGUCGUCAGAGAAACCAGCCCAACAACUACCCUGGGUUCUAUGACAGCAGACCUCAUAGGGACUACUCCUCCCCGUCCUCCCCGUCCUCCUCCUCCUCCUCUGGGACCCGAACUGCUUCAGGUUUUGGUGGCACCAAGAGGAGAUAGAAGCUGUGGACGUGAACUCAUUCUACACGCCGGACGCCUCUGGCCCGAUUUAAAGGAGUGCACUAAUAACCACUGAGCUUUUUAUUAACUGUCAGCAGGAAUGUGCCACAUUUUGAGCUGCUGUUAUGCUUCUGUGUCCCUCUUUCUUUCUCCAUUUGCCUCCAUCUCAAUUUUUCCGACCCUCUCUUUUUGUCAUGCUAGCAAAACAACGUGCCUACUCCACGGUGGCAGUUGUAAAGCGUUUGAAUGCACAGUAACCUGAGACUGAACCAGAAGUGUAAGGUGGAAAACCUAGUCAGUGAAGGAGGAGGCUUUAAAGCUUUGUAUACCUGAGGAGGACUGCAGGGUCAGGCCAUGAUUCUCUGUGUGUGUCUGUCACCACAAUCCACAUAAUUCACAUACUGAAUAAGCACUCAUGUGAACUGUAAACAUGGACACACAUUAGAAAGCUCUGACCCUCUUUUCUCCUUUUUUAUUGAAAAUAUUUUUUUAUUGGAAAGAAAUUAUUUGGUGACGUGUGUGUUGUAUGAUAUGCAAAUAAAAACCAGAGUACCAAGGUGAUGAA